AUGUUUGAACGUGUCUUCAAGAAGAAGGACUCGUCGGACGAGCCGCCUUGUAGCUAUUCCGAACUCGCCAGGAGGAACCGUGUUGCUAAAGCAGCCGAGCAGUCCAGCAGGCGGCCUAGGACCGCUCCAGGUGCCUCUGACUCAAACGCAAGCGAUCGACUUAUAGUCCACCGCCACAGUUUUGACGACGAGAGCAUGUCCCCUCACCAUACAAUCCCCGAGCCGUUGCGAUUCUCGAGUCCGGAAAUACUCGCGCCAUUCUCCUUCACCCCGCCUACGAUUCACCCACAAAGCCUUCAACCGGCCCAGCGCCCUCCUUCCGCUCCUCCACUCGACAAUCCCUGCCCUCGUAUGAUGCUUCAACGCCGCUCAUCAUCUGGCAUGGAGUUGCGCAACCCUUUCCGCAGCGACACGAACGAGUCGAUGGCUAGCAUGGGCCGCACUGAAUCAUUCGACUCCUUCGCGGACACCGGCGUGCCUGUCCACCGCACCGUACGGGCAUUCCGCCCCGCGCACAUCAUUGCAGAUGCGGGCCACGCGCCUCAGAAGGCCGCUAUCUUCACGACGACUGGCAGGGAGCCGCAGGUGUCGCCUUUGACUGUGAAUGCGACGUCGGAUCCCUUUGCGGACUCGCCUGCGGCAAGUCAAUCCACUCUGCCCGUCGUUAGCACUGCAGCGUCUCCAGUCCCCCGAGAAGAGACCACGUCACAGCGGCCUAUAUCACGCCGAUGGUCUCUCCUCAGGUCACCAAAACGCGCGUCCCAGGACUUCUUACAAGUCAAGAUCCCCACAGGGCUCAUGAGUCCUGUGCGCGAGUCUCGACUAGCGUUCUGGUCGAAGGCCUGAUCUUGUCGGACUUCGCUUUCGUGCAACGGACAAUAUUUACCGACAUCGAAUGGACGUUGUAUGUACAUCAUAGAAAUUGUACCGAUAUUCU